ACAGGGGCCAGUUCAGGGAUUGGGGCAGGUGCAGCUGAAGUUUUUGCAUGCCAUGGAUCAUCUUUGAUCCUCUGUGGCAGAAAUGCAGAGAACUUGCAACAAACUGCAGACAAGUGCAUUGAGCUUUGUCUGCCACCUGACAAGAUUGUCCAAGUGGUGGGUGACGUGGCAAAGAGAGAAGACCUAGAAGCUUAUGUGAACAAGGG